AAAAAAAAAAAAAAAAAAAUUCCCCCGACAAUUUUUAUCCCCAAACUCUCAACCUCAAAUUUCUAAACCCUAGCACAAAGUCCUUCCGCCACUCUCUCUCUUUCUCUCUAUCUCACAGAGGCAGAGGCAGAGGCAGAAAUCGAGAUGUCGCACUUUGGGAGAUCUGGCCCUCCAGACAUCAGAGACACCUACUCCCUCCUCGUCCUCAACAUCACUUUCCGUACCACCGCAGAUGAUCUUUUUCCUCUCUUCGACAAGUACGGCAAGGUCGUUGACGUGUUUAUCCCCAGAGACCGAAGGACCGGAGAAUCGCGAGGUUUCGCUUUCGUUCGAUACAAGUACGCGGACGAGGCGCAGAAGGCGGUGGAAAGGCUCGACGGAAAAGUUGUAGAUGGCAGAGAGAUUAUGGUUCAGUUCGCCAAGUAUGGCCCAAAUGCUGAGCGAAUUCACAAAGGGAGGAUAAUAGAGUCAUCUUCCAAGACAAAAGGAGGGUCAAGGAGUCGUAGCCCUCGUCCUAGACAUCGGGAUGAACAUAGGGACAGGGAUUACAGAAGGAGAAGUCGCAGUAGGAGUAGGGAGCGAUCUGAUCGUGACAGGAAUCGUGGGAGGGAAAGAGAUCGUCGCCGGAGCAGGAGCCGUAGUGCAAGUCCUGAUCAUCACAAAGAUCGUGGGAGAGGCAGAUAUGAUGAUGAGCGGCGUAGUCGAAGCCGGUCCUAUGAUAGUCCCAAUCCUCGGAGGAGCCUGUCCCCACGUAGGACACCUAGGGACGAAAGUCCUGAUGCACACAAUCACAAUGAAAGCUCUCCUGUACCAAAAACUGCUUCACCAAAUGGUCGAGUUGUUGAUUCUCGAAGCCCAUCUCCACGUAGAUCUGAUGCUGAUGAAUGAAGGAGCAAGCAUAUUUUGUGAUGGGGAUAUCUUUGGCUCGAUGCAUUCUCUGUAUCUGCUUUAAUUUUGGAGAAGACAUUAUGUUGUGCAUGCUGUGAGCAACAACUUGAAUGCUAGAUUUCAUCAUCAUGGACCUUUUUUUGGAGGUUAAACAUUACCUUGUUGGAUUCAAUGCAUUCCUUUACUCUUGUUUGAUGGUAGUUCAUGUAUUCCAAAUUCUAUAGGUUUGUACCAUUUCAAAUAUUCCACAAUAAUUUUUAUUGUGUUUUCUAAGAAUUCCUGCCAGUGGGUCAUUCCUGAA